AUGUUCAGAUUACCUAGUAUUUUGUUUCUUUGUUGUUUUAUUGGAUUUGUUGGAUCUUUGAAAUGUUAUUUGGGAUAUUCAAUUAUGAAAGGUUAGUAAUUCCCUUUUAAACCCCCGCGAAUUGUUUGCACGCCAAACGCGCCUUCAAGGUGAAGACUGACGCGUUUGAGCGUGGGAACGAGCCAUUGUUUGUUCUUUUUGUUGUUUUUCAGACAAGUUCUGAGUUUUAAGCUUGUUACUGUUUCUUUCACAAGUUCUACGGUGUGAACUUGUGAUUAGGUGAUAAUCCCCGUUGUAAAUUGUUGAUUCCGGAAUCGGAAUCCUUUUGCUAUUGUUAUUUUAUUUAAAAUCACUCAAUAAAUUAUUGUUUGAAACUUGUUGUUCAUUUUUGCACAUUUUAAGUGGCAAUUCCACUUAGAAUUCCUAUAUUUUCUGGACCCUUAUCGAGACUUGAAAUAAGUCGACAAGGGCAACCAUUACUGGUUUGAGAAUUCUGAAUUAAAAAUCUGAGAUCGAAAUUCUGGCGCCAAAAAUCUACAGUAAUCUUUAGAAGAAACGUGAAAUAUUGAAAUUUGAAUUUUUUCGGAAAAUUUUAAUUUUUGAAUUUAGCUCUACAAAAUUAUUUUAAAAAUAGACCAAAAAUUAGCGCCUCAGUUUUUCAAAAUUCCAGAUUACUGUAGUUUUAAAACACUUUUGAAAAAAAAAUUAGCGCCGAAAAUCCCAGAUUACUGUAGUUUUCGAGCUCAAAGUCUAGCUGAUAACAAAGAUCCAGAAUAAAUUACAGUAAUACUUUCUUGAUAGAUUACUGUAGGUAUUACAGUAACCCAAGUAUAUUUCAGGUAGCACAGUUGGAACUGAAACAAAAGAAUGCGAAAAAAGAAACCGAUUAUUGUUAUAAUGGAACCGCCGACGUUUCCUCAUUCAGCACACUUCAAAAAGCCGGUUGUAACACGGUGAUUUGCCAGUUCAACCCCAAUAAAUGUUUCGAGCAAAGUUAUCAGGGACAAAAAGUGACUUUUUGUUGUUGUAACACUGAAGAUUUAUGUAAUGGUGGAGCAAUUACGGUGAGUUUUUUGAGGAAAAAAAGUUUCGCGGGCGAUAGGAUUCGAACUGUGGUCUCAUGCACGGCAGUCAAAAAUGAUACCAUCUCGGCCAUAUCUCUCUAGAGAUCUUUUUCACACUGCGAAAAUGUUGGUGGGAAGGAAGCAAGUGAUUUUUGCAGGAAUCCGGCUCUUUGGUCGAUCGAGGAUUGUCAGUUUUGAAAGGACUUGUUGGAGUUGGCAAGAAGAAAUAA